AUGCCUGGGCGUCUGGUGGACAUAUCCAGCGAGUUGGACUCCGACACUUUGGCUGCGGGCACGGAUGCGAUCGUCGAGCACAACGCCAGCGGCAGCCGCACACAGGUCGCCGCCGGAAGUAGCGGCAGCAGUGCCGCCAGCGACAUCGGCAGCAGGGUCUCGGACACGAUGGAGGUGACCGUGGCCUUGGAGGACGCGGUCAGGGGCGUCUCCGCCGACAUGGACACGGACGCGGACGCGAUGGUGGCGGGCGACUCGGGCAGCAAGCACAACGGCGGCCGCAGCGCCGCCGUGUGUGCCGUCAACAGCAUGGUCUCGGAGGCUUCCGCGGCGACCGUGGCCGUGUUGGAUGUGAUCGGGGGCGUCUCCACCGGCACGGAGGUUGGCAAGGAUGUGACCGGUGACCAGACCGCAGGUGCCAGCAGUACCGUCAGCGGCAUCAACAGCAUGACGUCCUUUGUAGAGAUCGUGUCCGUACGGGAGGAGAUCGGAGGCAACUUCGUCAGCAUGGAGUCGGACGCAAUGGUAGCGGGCGACUCGGGCAGCGAGGGCAGCGGCCGUGGCAGCGCCGUCAGCAGCAUGACCUCAGAUGUGGUGGUGGCGAACGUGGCCGUGCUGGAUGUGGUCUGA